AUGCCAGAACAUAUUCAUUGUCCUGUUAUGAGUGUUAUGCGCCAGCAAGAGAUCAUGUAUAUGUCCUGUAAAUUAUGCUAUGGAAAAUUAGGUUCUCCCGCGAGAGAAAAGGGAUUAGAGCAACACAAGUAUAAUAAACAAGACGCGAAAAAUUACAAGCAUAAAGGGAGUGCGCGUAUAUACGUAGAUAAGGGAUUAUUCGCGUGUACCCGCUGUUGUGUUGCUUAUGAAGCUUCGGAUAUAUUACACCGAUAUCGACUUUGCAUAGUAAUUCCAGUUAAUAAUUAUUUGCAAAAAGUAACUAUCUUUGGAGAUAGCUUUGACAGUAUUUUUGGCUGUAGUGCGACAAAGUUUCAAGAAUUUAAAGAACAAUUAUUAUUGGAUUUGGAUCCAAGAGAGCUUAAUUUUCUUAUAUUCAGCGCUUUAGAGUGGAUACUUGCUGGGGAAAUUUAUACUUUCACAUUUUCUCAAGAACAAUGGCAUUUAUUUAAAAAAAGCCAAGUUCAAAGCAACUCUGAUAAAAAUAGCACUUCGAUUGUUGCUUCACGUAUGCAAUCUAUAAUGAAACCGUGUUUGACGGUUAUCGAAUACAUCAGGAACUAUAACUGCAAUUAUGAAAAAAAAUGGGAAAUUUUUUAUAAAGAGAGCCAAAAAAUUGAUGAGCGAUUAUUUGAAAGAUUAGAUAAUGAAUUGAAAGAGGUUAUAGUGGACAACACUUAUGGAUUGACGCACGAAGAACUUUACAAUGAAGGCAGUAAAGGAUUGUCUAACACGAAAUUCAUUCAUGAAUUUGAUCAUGAUGUGUCAGAUAUAUUGUUUGUUGAAUUAAGCGAUCAUUUUGAUCUAGAUUUGUUUCAUAGCCAAACGUACUUUCAAGACAGUGGGGUGUUAACCGAAUUUUACUCACAGGACUGGAGUGAUCAAGAGAACUUAGACGAUAUGCUGAACUGGGAUCCCCCGGAAAAUUGUAAUUUUCCCCAUGAUAAUGUAAUUCGUGUCUCGUUCAACAGCACACCAUCUAGUCUUUCACCACAUUCCUUCAACGUUUACAACUCGCCGUUUGAUAAAUCGAGCAAUCAUUCCUUUGAUAAGCAUGGUGACAUCGUUACAGAAAAUAGCUUCGAUGACUAA